GCCACCGAACAACACGCGCAGUCGGCGCAGACAGGGGCUCAUCGCACCUCCUCUUCCCAAGCGCUAAAGCGCCGGCGCCGCCGCCCCGCGGUCGCCCUCCGACCUCCGCGGCCCCUUUCUGCUGGCCUGCACCUCUUCCGCCCUCGUCGGUCGCUGCUGCCCUGCUCCCUGCUCUCCUUCGCGGCCUCGCCUCGGAAUGCCAAGCAGCCGCCGGACGGCCGGAGCUAGGGUUUUGGCCAAAAAUCGCUAAAGCCACGGCGCCGGGCGGUUCGCCGUCAUCGUAUCUCUCAUCUCAUUCAGUGGACUGACACCAGGUUUGAAUGCUGGUUCUGCCACUGGACAGCAGUGGAGGUCAUCCCAAUGAUGAUGCGAGGUGGGAGGCUGAUGGGUUUGUCCUCUCAGGUUCUGGGCAUGAGGUGCUUCAGCACGGAGAUAUUUGUGAGCAGAUUAUCUUUUUAUACAACAGAGGAAGAGCUCAAUAAUGUCUUUUCAACAUUUGGCAAUGUAAAGGAAGCCCGACUUAUGAGAGAUUGCCAAACUGGAAGGAUGAAAGGAUUUGGUUUUGUCAAAUAUUCAUCGCAGGCAGAGGCGGAGAAAGCUGUUAAGGCAAUGGAUGGAAGGAUACUACGCGGAAGAUUGAUUUUUGUGGAGAUGGCCAAGGGACCCAAAAGCAAGUAGAAGACCCCCUCCAUUGCUUAAGAUGGACCAUUUUCUUCUCUAGCGGUUCUAGGCUUUUGGCUUUCACCCACAAGAUUGAUUCGUAAAGCUUAUAUUCCCAAAGUAUUACUGAAGCUGGUGUGCUUCAACUUGUUUGUUCGUGUCUUAACCUGAAACAUUUAACCUUGAAAAUAAGAAGCAUCUUCAGAUUGUCAUA